AUGUCUGGCGGAUUGCGGAUGGAUCAGGUCUCUUCCGAUACUCGUAGCCCCAACCCGCAGACCGGUGAUGCCGAUCAGCUCAUUCCCACCGCCAUCGUUAUCAAGAAUAUCCCCUUCGCCAUCAGGAAAGAGACUUUGGCUCAGCUGAUGACGGAUCUCCAUCUGCCUCAGCCUUAUGCCUUCAAUUAUCACUUCGAUGGGGGCAUCUUCCGCGGGCUCGCCUUUGCCAAUUUCCAGUCUCCCGAAGAUACUCGUCUCGUAAUAGAAACCAUGAAUGGCCUUGAGGUACACGGUCGGAAACUGCGCGUCGAGUAUAAGAAGAUGCUCCCAGAAGCUGAACGGGAGCGCAUUGAGCGGGAGAAGAGGGAGCGUCGGGGACAGUUGGAGGAGCAGCAUCGCGGUCCCGUCCUCCAUCAACAGCCUUCUCUCCAGACCCUCUCUAGGCGAGAUGCAGGCUACGAUCGACACUUGAAUGACCCAAUCACCUUGCAACACUACACCGAGCUUACCUUGUUUCGCCGGGAUGAAAGCCGGGAGAUCCUCAUCUUCCCCUCGAGCGUCAGCCCCGAGGAACGCCGCCAAAUUCACAUCCUGGCCCACUACAUGGGCUUGGAGCACCGCUCCGUUGGUGAUGCCGACUCUCGACAAAUCCAAGUCAUCAAGCCCCAUGUGCCGUCUCCCACCAGCCAGGCCCACACCGGUACCUCUGUUAGCCUCGACCUCCACCGUCGCGGUUUGAGCCGUGCCGCGACCUUUGACUUUGCCGCGGACCGGGAUUCGCGCGGUGCCGCCGGCGGGUAUCCUCACGCCAUUGGACGCCAGGGCCCGACGCUCGAGCUGCCUGGUAGCCCCGACACGGUGGCCAUUCCCAACAACCUCCGGACGGCGAAGAGCUUUGCGGACCUGAGGUCUUUCAGCCCUAGCCCCUCGCACUCUUCCUCGAGCUACUUGAACCCUUCUACCGGAAUGGGUGGUCUCCCGAGCUCUUCCCUGGCGCGCCUUGGCGACUAUACAGGUAACGCCGCUAGCCAAGGCUCGAACGAAGCGAACGUGCUCGCCAGCACCCUCAGCAGCCUGAACCUCGGUUCUUUCGAGUCCAACGCGGCUACUUCGCAAAACCGAAGCACCCCCGGUGCCAUUGGUAGCCACCGGCCAAGCGCGAACGGAUCGUCGAGCCGUGCCGCCCCCGACCGCCAGCCUAGGGGCCCGGAGUGGGAGGCAGCCUCGGGAUUCUCGGGCCGCAGUCGCGUCAACGGGCACAUGCAGAGGGGAAGUGGUGAGUUCGCCCCAGGCGCCUCGGUCGAGAUGUAA